UCUCAGUCUGGUCACCCUGACUGUAAACUGUAAAUGUCAAACCAUUACAUAACAUAACCCCAAAUUUUCCAGCUAUAACUUUUAUUUAAUAAUUAUCCCAAAACGUUACAAACAUGGGCAAUUCCGUGGGUUACAUACCAAGUAACAUGUACGAUUUGUACUUCCACCCUGAAAUCACCCCAGAUCCGACUGAAGAGCCCACUUUUGACCCCUUAUUGGGAUUCCCUAAUGGUAGAAAAGCUAGGGAAAUGAAAGUCACCGAAGCAGAAAUGGUAUCUGCAAAGCUUCCAUUAAAAGAUCGGGACUACUGUGCUCACAAGCUAAUUGAUUUUCGAGCCUGUCGAAAGGAGAACUACCCAUUUGUUGUCAAUUGUUCACAUGAAAAACAUGCAUUUUUAACUUGCAAAUACGAUGACUUCGUUAUCCGUAUGAAAGAGUACGAAAGAGAGCGCCGCCUCCGCAAAAAGAGACAAGCUGUGCAAAGCCAAAAACAGUUGGAAACUAUUGAAACUUAAAUAUUAUUGGGAUUGUUUGUAGAGUGUCUAGUUGGUUGAUAAUAAAUUGUAUUCUAAGA